AUGGCCGACGCGAAGAAGUCCAAACACGCCCAUGCGCCGGCGCAGGGUCAGCCCGCACCACGCAAGGUUCGGUUCAACGUCGGCACCCAAUACCAGGUUCUUGAUGUCGUCGGCGAGGGAGCGUACGGUAUCGUCUGCUCUGCCGUGCACAGACCAUCUGGACGCAAGGUCGCCAUCAAGAAGAUCAUGCCUUUCGACCACUCCAUGUUCUGUCUCCGUACUCUCCGCGAGCUGAAGCUCCUCAAAUUCCUCAGCGAAGCCGGUGUCAGCGAAAACAUCAUCUCUAUCUUGGAUAUCAUCAAGCCGCCAUCACUAGACGCAUUCAAGGAGGUAUACCUCAUCCAGGAGCUAAUGGAGACGGACAUGCACAGGGUCAUCCGUACACAAGACUUAUCGGACGAUCACGCGCAGUACUUCGUUUACCAGACUUUGCGAGCGCUCAAGGCGCUUCACUCGGCUGAUGUUAUCCACCGCGACUUGAAGCCGUCCAACCUCCUGCUAAACGCCAACUGUGACCUGAAGGUCUGCGAUUUUGGGUUGGCGCGCUCCGUCAAGACGGCCGAGCCGUCAGGAACCGAGACGGGCUUUAUGACCGAAUACGUGGCAACACGCUGGUAUCGUGCGCCAGAGAUCAUGCUUACAUUCAAGCAAUACACGAAGGCGAUUGAUGUAUGGUCAGUCGGCUGCAUCCUGGCAGAGAUGCUGUCCGGCAAGCCGCUAUUCCCGGGACGCGAUUACCACCACCAACUGACGCUGAUCUUGGACGUGCUCGGAACGCCCACGCUCGACGAAUUCUACGCCAUCACGACCCGGAGAUCGCGCGACUAUAUCCGCGCGCUCCCCUUCCGCAAGAAGAAGCCCUUUGCGACGCUCUUCCCUAACGCUAACCCGCUUGCCCUGGACUUCUUGACCAAGACGCUCACCUUUGACCCGAAGAAGCGCAUCACGGUCGAGCAGGCGCUCGCACACCCGUAUCUGGAGGCUUACCAUGACCCCGACGAUGAGCCCGUCGCACCACCACUUGACCCGGAGUUCUUUGAGUUCGACUUGCAUAAGGACGACAUCAGCCGGGAACAGCUUAAGGAGCUGCUUUACGAGGAAAUCAUGAGCUUCAACCCCGUGCCCAUGACGGCGCAAUGA